AUGGAGACGGUUGAGAGGUGUCUUACAGAUGCCAAGAUGAGUAAGGAAAUUGUGGAUGAUGUUGUCAUGGUGGGAGCAACCUUAAGCGGUCAGGGAAAUGACAAGGUUCAAGAACUUGUCCUUGUGGAGGUUACCCCGUUAUCUCUAGGUGUUGAAUACAUAGGUGAAGCCAUGGAGGUUGCAGUUCCUAGGAAUACAGCUAUUCCUACAAAAGUAACAAUAUGGAUGACUACUACAAAGGACUAUCAAUUUGAUAUGGAGAUAAAAGCGUUCGAGGGUGAGAGAGCCAGAUCAAUCGCCAACAUUUGUUUAGAUAGUUUCUUGCUCAGCGGCAUUCAACAAGCCCCAAGGGGAGUCCCUGACAUCAGUAUUUGCUUCGAAUUACAAGCCAAUGGCAUUUUGAAUGUCUCUGCUAAGGAUAUGAUAACAUUUGCGGAGGAAAGCAUCAGGAUCACAAGAGGAAACAGCUUAUCAUCAAGAGAUGAAAUUGAGAAGAUGAUAGAGGACGCCAAAAAGUAUGAAGGUGAGGAUGAACAAUACAGGAAGAAGUAUGCAGCAAGGUGUGACUUCGAGGAAUACUUCUGUCAGAGGAGGGAUAACAUAAACAACAACACCGUGUCUUUUGCGGAAAUAGAGAAGGCUAAGGACGCGAUUCUCAAGGCCUUUCAAUGGUUGGAUAACUUGGAUGCUUCGAAGAAGCUUGCUGAAGUUGAUGAAUAUGAAGAGAAAGUAAAGGAACUCACUGAUGCAAAAAAAUCAACAAAAUGGAUAGGGUAG